AUGUUCUGCAGGCUACGAGGCCGCGUCUACUCCCUGGUCCAGACUCCACACUGUCGCUAUAGCUCUACAGCAGUUCCCGCUCGGACGUCGGAGCCUUUGCGGAUAUUGUUCUGCGGUUCUGACAAUUUCAGCAUCACAUCACUGCGCGCCGUAGCAGACGCGAAGCGGCAUGUGCCGAAACUCAUAGAGAGCAUCGAUGUAGUCCAUCGACCAGCGAAGCCUACCGGACGAGGACUGAAAAAAUUAAGAGAGGUUCCUAUCAAGCAGGUAGCUACCGAAGAGCUCAAUCUACCUACUCAUGUGAUCGACACCUUCACAGGCUGGACGCCACCCAACCCCAUAGAUGUCGUCAUCGCCGUAUCCUUCGGCCUCCUUGUCCCACCGAGGAUCCUCAACUAUGCGCAAUACGGCGGCCUGAACGUCCAUCCUUCUCUGCUGCCCGAUCUGCGUGGCCCAGCGCCCAUCGAACAUGCCAUACUGAAGAGGCGGCAGUACACCGGUGUCUCUGUGCAAACACUACAUCCAAGGCAUUUCGACCAGGGUACUAUCCUUGCCCAAACCCCCAUGCCUGGCCAUGACAUUAGCCUUUCUCGCGAUACUCCUGAUAUGGCUCGGGUUGUAGAGCAACAGCUUGCCACUGCCGGGGCAGAAAUGCUGGUAGAGGUCUUGAAGCAACGCAAAUUUGUGCCUCCGCACGAGCCCGUCGGAUGGUACGCACACUCCAACGGUCCAAUUGACCACGCACCAAAGAUCACCAAGCAAGAUCGCUAUGUUGAUUUCGAAAAACAUACCGCGGCAGACGUCAUUGCCAAAUGGAACGCACUUGGCGACCUGUGGUGUCUGCUACCCACGGGUGAGCGGCUGAUACUACACGACGUGCUUGAUCCAAUGCUACCAGACGAUGAUGAGUAUGUCACGAUGAAACCGGGACUCUUUGUGGAUUCAGAGUUGAAGGGCUUGCUCUGGUUUAGAGGAGCGUGUGGUAAAAUGGGAAAUGUGCUCAGUAGCACAUUAGAAGGGGGCAAGAAGGGACAAGGGAAUGCGAAGUUGCUACAACUGUUCGGUCCCCCAAGAAAUUCAAGUGUGGGAGAUAUGCCUUUAAUGCGUCCUUUACACAGGGUUAUCUGA